CUGCCCGGCGCCGGCGCGCGCUCCCGUCCGCUCGCUCUCCCGCGCGCCGGCGCCCCCUCCUCGGCACGUGACCCGCAGCCCCGCGAGACCCGCGCGCCGCGGCCCGGUUCAGCGGCGCCGACACAGCCGCGCUGCCCCGCCGAGCGACAGGCGUCCCUCCGCCGUCGGAGGAGUUCGGGGUGACCCACACGCGGGCUGCGCACGGACGUCGGCCUCACCCCCCCCCCCCCCCCCGGUGUCUGACGAAGAAAUGGGAAAAGCCGCCAAGGACGGAGGCGGCGCGCCCCGGGGGCCUGACUCCGAGCCUGGCCUGUGGCGUUCGAUGAAUGGUGGGCGUGAAGCACACAAGUCCGGAGAGCGGGGCGGGUCUGAGGGCCACCACACCGGUCCCGAGAGGGGGGGUUGUGUGCGCGCCUGGAACACGGACGGAGGAGAAGGCAGAGGGGCCGAGUCUCGAUGGACGCCGCGUGCUUGGGACAGAGUAUAAUCACAGCUGGCAGCUUCGAAGGGCAGAUGGCAGCCUUAGCCAUUCACCUGAAUUGUCCUCACAACCCUGUGAGGCAGGCAUCCCUGGACCAGAAUGGGGGCCUGGCCCGGAGCAGCCCCCCUCCCCUCCCUCCAGCCUGCCGUGGGUUGAUAGACUGGAUGAGGUGUGGGUAAUCUGCUGUUCACAAGCUGACUCAGUGAGCAAAACUUGUGAAGAUUUCAAGGUCCAUGGCUUGGAGGUGGAUGAUGAUGAUGGGGAGGAAUUGGUGGAGGACCACAACACUGACCUGACCACCGAGGAACUCCAGGACCUUCAGAAGGAGCAGCAACAGACAGCAGCUGAGGAGCUCUCUUCAGAGGAGGAGGGAAGGGAGGAUUUUCCUACUUCACUAAUCAAGGAAAUGCUUGGGAAAUGGGGAGAAAUGCAAAGUUUUGUUGAGAAAUAUCACCCUAACAAAGAAGUAGCAAACUGUGCAAUAAACUUGUUCAAUGACAAUGCAGUGUUUCACUUCAGGCCAAGUGUUAAAACAGAGGCAAAAACAAUCAUCACUGGAUAG